UAUUUCCAUUCAAACGAUACGUUCAAGUCGCCCUUCACUUUUUAAACAAACGAAAUAGCACAAAAUAAAAGGUAUUUUCUGCUUUUCAGAUGAUAUGUUGUGCUUUUGAUGACUAUGUGUAACUUAUCACAUCCAACAUUACAAUGCUGCCACUCCUGGUCCUCCUAAUCCUCACGAGUGCUGCUGGUCAAAAUCAGAGUCAGACGAGCACGGAAACGAGCUCCAAUCCACCCAAGGAGUUUAUGACCUCAAUGCCUGAUCGAAUGGAGCUGCUGCUGCUGGACAGGGAGCUGAUCUCAAACCUCGUGCAAUAUGCUGAAGAGUUGCAGGAAAAAGUCGACGUGCUGCAGAGAUGUGCAAAGGCGAUGCAAAUACCUCUGGAGAAUUCCAAGGGCAGGGAGGAGGAGUACCUUUCGAAUCCGCUGCACAGUUUCCAACUCAUCCGACACAUGCACGAGGACUGGCGCCAUUUAGAGAAGUUCAUGCGGCAGCCUGUGGGGCAGGAUCAGAUUAAUUUCCUUAAAAACAAGGCAACGAAAUUUCCUUCAAUAGAAGAGACUGAGGAAGCCACGGAGGCUAUUUAUCGGAUUAUCCUCACCUAUAAUGUGGAGCCAGCGGAUCUCGUAAAGGGCUAAUCGAUGGCGUGCAGU